AUGGCCAUGGAGUUCUUGCCAGUGCUGGACCCAACAGACAAUCCAAAAGAAGGAAUUUGGUAUUCUCUAAUCCCUGGUGGAGAUGCUCCAGGUGUCAGUGUGGGUCAUACCUGCAUGUUUAUGCCAUCUGGAAGCGGAGGAAAAGGAAGAAUCCUUAUUGUUGGUGGAGCCAAUCCCAGUGGCAGUUUCUGUCAUUCCCACGUUAUAAAUCUAGAUGAUCAUGAAUGGGAAACUUCACAAUGGGAAGGUUUGGAGUCACGAUAUGAACACUGCAGCUUCGUUCCAGAGGGCGACCCACAGAGCCUGUGGGUGUUUGGGGGGGCACAGCAGAGCGGAAAUCGCAGCUGUAUUCAGAAACUUCAGCUAACGGACAGCACGCCUCACUGGCAGAGUGUGGUGGUGAAAGGAGAACCCCCCAGUCCCAGGACGUACCACACCACUUCAGCAUGCAUAGGGGACAAACUGUACGUCUUUUCUGGUGGGGAAACAGGAGCCGCUCCCGUCUCUGAUGCCAGACUUCACGUCUUUGAUACAGUGUCCUCCACGUGGUCCCAACCAGAAGCAGAAGGUAGACAGCCACCAGCGCGACAUGGCCAUGUCAUCGUGGCUGUCGGCUCAAAGAUCUACAUACAUGGCGGCAUGGCUGGAGAGAGAUUCUACAAUGAUAUGCACUCUCUUGAUCUAAGAAGCAUGAAGUGGGAGAAAGUACCGGCCAAAGGCGAUAUUCCUCCAGCUGUAGCAGCCCAUUCUGCAGUUGUGCUGGGCACAAACAUCUACAUAUUUGGAGGACUCACAGCAGACGGUGCCACUCACACCAUGUACAAAUUCAACACUGCCAAAAAGCGAUGGAGCCUGAUGAAAUUUGAAGGAGAUUUCCCGGAGGACCGCCUUGACCACUCCAUGUGUUUAUUACCAUGGAAGGUUUGUGCUGAGGGAGGAAAAGAUGGAGAGCAAGCCAAAACCUCAGAAGCCUCUGAAACAUUAACCCUGGCCUUUGUAUUUGGAGGCAUGGACACACAGGGCAUUAUAUAUAAUGACUGUAUUGUAACUGUUGUGAAGUGA